AGUGUCUGAGUUCAACGGUUGAUGCGGGUUUUACAAAUUUAAACUUGGAUCGUUCUUGAAGAUUUAUAAAGUUCGCGUUCGUUAGGGACACUCUAAAUCGGUCAAAUAUUCGACAUAAUGCGCCAGUGUAUGAAGAAAGUGUGAAUAUAACUGUAACUUUACCUCUAAACAUUAAUACCGGAAUUGAGGUUAUGCAACUUUAUGGAUUAAGUAAUAAGUUGUGGAAAACAAUUAUGGAUUAAUAAGUCCUGAAAUGGGGAAUACGUAUUGGAAUACAGGUUCUGUGGCCGCGACUGUCAAUCAAUGAUUGUUAUUGUUUACUUUGCAUGAACCUAUUUAGACUAUUAUAGUUAUUUAGUCUUAAUAGGUCUUAAAGUGAUUUCAAAUUUUAACAACAAUGGGUGAUGAAAAGGAGUAUAUUGUGAAAAAAGUCCUUUACACUGGAACCUCACAAAUAUCGUUUAAAAAUGGAACUAAGAUAUUUUUCCACUUUCAAACGAAAAUCUGCAACAAAGACAAAACGUUGCUAGAUGAUUCGCGAAAAAUGGGAAAAGGCGAACCUUUACAUAUUAUUCUUGGGAAGAAAUUCAAACUCGAAGUAUGGGAAGUGAUCCUGCAGAAAAUGGCCCUAAAUGAAGUAGCCCAAUUUACAGUUGAUAAAAGUCUAGUCAUGGAGUAUCCAUUUGUAUCGAAAACUUUACGAGACAUGCACAGGCCAAAAGAGGAAAUAAAGCACACUCACACUUGUGCCAUGUCUAUGCAAAGUGGGGGUGUAGGAUAUGAUGAUUUAAAUAAUCUGCUGAAAAAGUCGGAGGAUCUUGAAUUCACUUUCGAAAUUGUCAAAGUAGAACAACCAGAUGAAUAUGAAAAAGAAACUUGGCAAUUAAAUGAAGAUGAACAGAUUGAUAUGAUUCCAAAGUUAAAAUUGCAAGGUAAUGACGAGUAUAAGAAAAAAAAUUUCAAAAAGGCAUCAGAAUUAUAUAGUAAAGCUAUCGGAAUGUUAGAACAACUUAUGUUGAAAGAAAAACCUUAUGACAUUGAAUGGAACAAACUUAAUGAACAAAAAUUACCGAUUCUUCUCAAUUUUGCGCAAUGCAAAUUAAAUGAAGAAGACUACUACGAAGUAAUCACACACUGCACAGAAGUGAUUAAAUAUGACAAAGAUAAUGUCAAGGCUUAUUUCCGACGUGCCAAAGCUCACAUUGCUGCUUGGAACCCCAAAGAAGCUCAAGAAGAUUUGGAAAAAGUCAUGGAACUUGAUGCAUCUUUGAUUCCUCUGGCUAAAAAAGAAUUAUGCAUACUUGACGAUUUGAUUAAAAUCAAGGAUUUACAAGAUAAGGAGAAACUAAAAAAUAUGUUUAAGUAAUCUGGUUUGGGCAGUAAUAAAUUUUAUAUUGUACUUAUAUGUAUAUGCAAAUGUGUCGUAUACAAAAAAAAAAUUCUUUACAAAUUUGAAAUUAUUUACGUUAACAAUUAACUUUAAAAUCACUUGUUUGGUAACAAGUUUUGGGACACCUUGUAAAACUUAUAAAAAUUAUUUACGUAAAAAUGUGUCGUACACAACGCGAAAAAUUAAUAAACUGAAAAAGUGUU